GUAAACAUGGCGGCGUGCACAGCUAGAAGUCUGUGCAAUAUACCACCCUACUAAGUCUAUAGGAUAAAACAAUCAAUUAUGGAGACUGAAGAGGAGCAACAUAUGACAACGCUUCUCUGCAUGGGCUUUCCGGACCCUGUUGCUAUUAGGAAAGCCUUGCGUUUAGCCAAAAAUGACAUUAACGAAGCUGUUGCGCUCCUCACCAACGAAAGCCCCGGGCUCGGGUAUGGAUAUGAGCCGAUGGAAAGUGGGCCUGCGCCCGGGUCAGGGCCCGGUGGAGACAGCGAGAAUACUACUCGAACUGGGACUGGAGGGUUUGAUCCUCCUCCGGCGUAUCAUGAUGUUGUGGAGAGUGAGAGGACUAGCGAUGAGAAUGGAAACUGCUCCGGAGGGAACAUGGAGUUCCCCACCACCAACCUAUACGAGCUGGAGAGUCGAGUGUUCACUGACCACUGGUCCAUCCCUUACAAGCGGGAGGAGUCGCUGGGCAAGUGCCUCAUCGCCUCCACGUGCCUGGCCAGACUCGGCCUCGCUGAUGCAGAUGAGAACUGCAAGCGGUUCAUAGAGCGCUGCAUGCCUGAGGCCUUUAAAAAGUUGCUGACCUCUAGUGCGGUGCAUAAGUGGGGGACGGAGAUCCACGAGGGCAUCUACAACAUGCUGAUGCUGCUGGUGGAGCUGGUGUCCGAGCGGGUCAAGCAGGACCCCAUCCCCGUGGGCCUCAUGGGCGUGCUCACCAUGGCCUUUAACCCCGAUAACGAGUACCACUUCAAGAACCGCAUGAAGGCCUGCCAGCGCAACUGGGCCGAGGUGUUUGGGGAGGACAACAUGUUUGCUGUCUCGCCCACCUCCAGCUACCAGAAGGAACCUCACGGCUGGCUGGUGGACCUUGUGAAUCGGUUUGGUGAGAUGGGGGGAUUCACUGCUAUCCAGGGCAAGCUGAACAUGGAUGAGAUUGAGAUCGGGAGUGUGUCGGCCCUGGUCCAGCCGCUGAGCGUGUGUGCCGAGUAUCUCAACUCCAACCUCGUCCAGCCAAUGCUGGACCCUGUUAUUCACAAGAUGAUCACCUACGUGCAGAAUCUGGAGGAGAAAGACCUCAAAGAUAAGCGUCUGGUGAGCAUCCCAGAGCUCCUGUCUGCGAUCAAGCUGCUGUGCAUGCGUUUCCAGCGGGAGCUGGUCACUGUGGUGGACGACCUCAGGCUGGACAUCCUGCUGAGGAUGCUCAAGACUCCACACUUCAGUGCCAAGAUGAACUCCCUCAAAGAGGUGACCAAGCUGAUCGAAGAGAGCACCGUGUCCAAGACGGUGAAGAACGCCAUCGACACGGACCGGCUGUUGGAUUGGUUGGUGGAGAACUCUGUCCUCUCAAUAGCCCUGGAAGGGAAUAUUGACCAGGCGCAGUACUGUGAUCGGAUAAAGGGAAUCAUUGAGCUUCUGGGCAGUAAGCUCUCUCUGGACGAGCUGUCGAAGAUCUGGAGAAUACAGGCCGGCCAGUCCUCCACUGUCAUUGAAAACAUUCACACCAUCAUCGCUGCAGCAGCUGUCAAGUUUAACUUUGACCAGCUUAGCCACCUUUUUGUUCUCAUUCAGAAGAGCUGGGAGGUAGAGAGUGAUCGUGUUCGGCAGAAGCUGUUGAGUUUGAUCGGAAGGAUCGGUCGAGAGGCUCGCUCCGAGGCCACGACUGGCAAGGUGCUUGAGGUGCUGUGGGAGUUGGCCCAUCUGCCCACUCUACCCACCAGUCUGGUGCAGCAGGCCCUGGAGGAGCACCUGACCAUCCUGAGCGACGCCUACGCUGUCAAGGAGACCAUCAAGAGGAACUACAUCAUCAAGUGCAUCGAGGACAUCAAGAAGAUACAUAUGCUGGACGAGCCAAAGUCUUCAAACGAGACACAGGUCUCGUUUCUUACUGGCUCCUGGGGCAAGAAGAAACCCAGCUCACUGGCCAAAUCGUCCCAGCAGAGCAACCCUCAGGCUGUGUGGGUGGUGCCUGCCCUGCGGCAGCUCCAUGAGAUCACCCGCUCCUUCAUCAAACAGACCUACCAGAAGCAGGACAAGAGCAUCAUCCAGGACCUGAAGAAGAACUUUGAGAUCGUGAAGCUGAUCACCGGCAGCCUCGUGUCGUGCCAUCGCCUGGCCGUGUCCGUGUCCGGCACCAACGGGCUCUCCGGCUCCACGCUCGUGGACGGAAGAUACUCCUACCAGGAGUAUCUGGAGGCCCAUCUGAAGUUCCUGGCCUUCUUCCUGCAGGAGGCCAGCCUCUACCUGGUCUGGAACCGGGCCAAGGAGGUGUGGGAGUGCCUGGUGUCCGGCAUGGACGUAUGCGAGAUGGACCGGGAGAUGUGCUUUGAGUGGUUCACCAAGGGCCAGCACGAUCUGGAAAGUGACGUCCAGCAGCAGCUGUUCAAGGAGAAGAUCCUCAAACUGGAGCCUUAUGAGAUUACUAUGAACGGUUUUAACCUCUUUAAGACCUUCUUUGAGAAUGUGAACCUCUGUGACCAUCGACUGAAACGGCAGGGAACGCAGCUGUGCGUGGAGCGGCUGGACUUGGCUGGCAUGGACUUCAUCUGGCGCAUCGCCAUGGAGUCUCCCGACGAGGAGAUCGCCAACGAGGCCAUCCAGCUCAUCAUCACCUACAGCUACAUCAACCUCAACCCCAAGAUGAAGAAGGACUCUGUGUCUUUGCAUAAGAAGUUCAUUGCAGAUUGUUACAAAAGAUUAGAGGCCGCCAGCUCUGCCCUGGGGGGGCCCACCCUCACCCACGCUGUCACCAGGGCAACCAAGAUGCUGACAGCCACCGCCAUGCCAACUGUUGCCACAUCUGUGCAAUCCCCUUCCAGGUCAACCAAGCUGGUGAUUAUCGAGAGGCUGUUGUUACUGGCAGAGAGAUACGUCAUUACUAUAGAGGAUUUGUACUCGGUUCCUCGGACCAUUCUACCUCACGGUGCCUCCUUCCACGGCCAUCCCGUGUCCCUCCACGUUACCUACGAAUCUACCAAAGACACUUUCACUCUGGAGGCUCACAGCAACGAGACCAUCGGCAGCAUCAGGUGGAAGAUUGCAGAGCAGCUCAGCUGUCCGGUGGACAAUGUCCAGAUCUUUGCCAAUGACAGCAUGCUGACGAUGAACCGGGACCAGAAGCUCCUGAACCAGCUGGGCUUCUCGGACGAGCAGGGUCUGACGGUGAAGAGCUCGGGGACGGGCACGCCUUCAGGCAGCUCAGCGGACAGCUCGGCCUCUGUCAGCAGCAGCAGCAGUGGGGUCUUCAACUCAGCCUAUGCCCUCGAGCAGGAGAAGUCCCUGCCAGGCGUGGUGAUGGCCCUGGUCUGUAACGUCUUUGAGAUGCUCUACCAGCUGGCCAACCUGGAGGAGCCCAGGAUCACACUGCGUGUGCGUAAGUUGCUGCUGCUCAUCCCCACGGACCCCGAGGUGCAGGACGCCCUCGACAACUUUGUGCCAAAAGAGUCCAGCGUCUGGAGUCACCAGAAAACGCUCUUCACGCUGGGCUCGGGCUCCCAGGCCUCCAAGUCUCCGUCUCUGUCCAGCAAGCAGCAGCACCAGCAGAGCGCCGCGUCCAUCCUGGAGUCACUGUUCCGCUCCUCCGCGCCGGGCAUGUCCACCUUCAGAGUGCUCUACAACCUGGAGGUGUUGAGCUCAAAACUGAUGCCCACGUCUGAUGACGAGAUGGCCAAGACCAGCGUCAAGUCUUUCUGUGAGAACUUCCUCAAAGCAGGAGGCCUGAGCCUGGUGGUAAACGUCAUGCAGCGGGACUCCAUUCCCUCAGAAGUGGACUAUGAGACCAGGCAGGGCGUCUACUCCAUAUGUCUGCAGCUGGCCAGGUUCCUGCUGGUAGGGCAGACCAUGCCCAGUAUCCUGGACGAGGAGUACAGCAAGGAUGGUCUGGACACGCUGUCGUCGCGGCCGUUCCGCAACGCGGGACGACAGGGCGGCCGGCAGCUGUCUCUGUGCGGCACGCCCGAGAAGUCGUCCUACCGGCAGAUGAGCAUGUCGGACCGCUCGUCCAUCCGCGUGGAGGAGAUCAUCCCCGCCGCACGCGUCGCCAUCCAGACGAUGGAGGUGGGGGACUUCACGUCCACAGUGGCCUGCUUCAUGCGCCUGACCUGGGCUGCGGCUGCCGGCCGAUUGGACCUGGUGGGCAGCAGCCAGCCAAUCAAAGAGAGCACCAACUCUCUCUUCCCCCUGGGGGUGCGCAGCAGGGUCAGCAGCACAGGCAGUAACUGCAGCUCUGGCAGUGAGGGCGAGGCCACCACGCUGCAGGCGGGCAUCUGUGUGAAGCAGCUGUGCGUGUCCAUCAAAGACACCAUCAUCGCCCGCGAGGCCCUCUCCCUGCUCGUCACCUGCCUGCAGCUACGCAGCCAGCAACUCUCAUCUUUUUAUAACUUGCCAAGUGUGACUGAUUUCGUCAUAGACAUCCUGCUGGGAUCACCUAGUGGAGAGAUCCGGCGUGUGGCCUGCGACCAGCUGUACACCCUGAGCCAGACGGACGCGUCGGCCUACCCGGAGCUGCAGAAGCCCAACCUGUUCCUGCUGAAGGUGGUGCUGUCCGCCCAGCUGCCCCUCUGGUCCCCCACCAGCAUCAUGAGGGGCAUCAACCAGAGGUUUCUCUCUCAGUGCACUGAAUAUUUUGACUUGAGAUGCCAACUCCUGGAUGACCUGACCACCACGGAGAUGGAGCAGCUACAGAUCAGCCCGGCGGCCAUGCUGGAGGACGAGAUCAGCUGGCUGGACAACUUCGAGCCCACGUGGACCGCCGAGCUGGAGACCAGCGAGGCCGACAACAUCCUGCUGGCCGGACACCUCCGCCUCAUCAAGACCCUCCUCUCGCUCUGCGGCAACGAGAAGGAGCAGCUGGGCUCCUCCCUCAUCCAGCAGCUGUUGGACGACUUCCUGUUCCGAGCGUCCCGCAUCAUCCUGAACAGCAGCGACCCCUCCAGCUCCUCAGCCCCUAGCCACGACUUCCACCCAAAGUGCAGCACGGUGAGCAGUCGUCUGGCAGCGUACGAGGUUCUGGUGAUGUUGGCCGACAGCUCCAUCACCAACCUGCAGCUCAUCACCCGCGAGCUGCUCUCCAUGCACCACCAGUCUGACCCCUCACUCUCCAAGGAGUUCGACUACCUGCCUCCUGUAGAGAGUCGCUCCGUAUCGGGCUUUGUGGGCCUGAAGAACGGAGGGGCCACCUGCUACAUGAACGCCGUCUUCCAGCAGCUCUACAUGCAGCCAGGCCUUCCCGAGGCUUUCCUAUCCAUCGAGGACGAUACAGAGAACCCGGAAGAGAGUGUGUUCUGUCAGGUCCAGUCUCUGUUUGGGCAUCUGAUGGAGAGCAAACUGCAGUACUACGUCCCGGAAAACUUCUGGAAGAUCUUUAAGAUGUGGAAUAAGGAGCUGUAUGUGCGUGAACAGCAGGAUGCCUACGAGUUCUUCACCAGUCUGGUGGACCAGCUGGACGAACACCUGAAGAAAAUUGGACGGGAGCAGAUCUUCAAGAACACGUUCCAGGGCAUUUUCUCCGACCAGAAGAUCUGCAAAGACUGUCCACACAGGUAUGAGCGGGAGGAGACGUUCAUGGCGCUGAACCUGGGGGUGACGUCCUGCCAGAGCCUGGAGAUCUCCCUGGACCAGUUUGUCAGGGGAGAGGUGCUGGAGGGCAGCAACGCCUACUACUGCGAGAAGUGCAAGGAGAAGAGAACCACAGUGAAGCGCACCUGCAUCAAGUCCCUGCCCAGCGUGCUGGUCAUCCACCUGAUGCGCUUCGGCUUCGACUGGGAGAGCGGACGCUCCAUCAAAUACGACGAGCAGAUCCGGUUCCCCUGGGUGUUGAACAUGGAGCCGUACACGGUGUCCGGCAUGGCCCGGCAGGACUCGAGCGCCGACCACGGCGAGAACGGCCGCGGCGGCGAGGCCUCGGGCGGCUCCUCCCCCCGGAAGAAGGUCACCAUCUCGGAGAACUACGAGCUCGUGGGCGUGGUGGUGCACAGCGGCCAGGCCCACGCCGGACACUACUACUCCUUCAUCAAGGACCGCCGGGGCUGUGCUCGAGGGCGCUGGUACAAGUUCAACGAUAACGUGGUGGAGGAGUUUGACAUGAAUGAUGAGACCCUGGAGUACGAGUGCUUUGGAGGAGAGUACAGGCCCAAAGUAUAUGACCAAUCUAACCCGUACCCAGACGUGCGGCGGCGCUACUGGAACGCCUACAUGCUCUUCUACCAGCGCAUCUCCGACCAGAACUCCCCGGUGCUGCCCAAGAAGAGCCGGGUCAGCGUCAUGAGACAGGAAGCCGAGGAUCUCACCCUCUCGGCCCCCUCCUCUCCUGAGAUCUCCCCCCAGUCCUCCCCGCGGCCCCCCAGGGCCAACAACGACCGGCUGACCCUCCUGACGCGCCUGGUGAGGAAGGGCGAGAAGAAGGGCCUGUUUGUGGAGAAGAUGCCCGCUUGGAUCUACCAGAUGGUGAGGGAUGAGAACCUGCGCUUCAUGAAGAACCGAGACGUGUACAACCCAGACUACUUCAACUUCACCCUCUCCCUGGCCUCUGUCAACGCUACCAAGCUGAAGCACCCCUCAUACCAGGCCAUGGCCAAGGGCAGUCUGCAGCUGGCCGUCCACUUCCUCUUCCACACCUACCUGCGCACCAAAAAGAAACUCAGGGUGGACACGGAGGAGUGGAUUGCCACGGUGGAGGUGCUGCUGUCCAAGAGCAGCGAGGCGUGCCAGUGGAUGGCCCAGUACCUGGUGGGGCCCGAGGGCCGCGAGAUCAUCAAGAUCUGCUUGCUGGAGUGCAGUGUGCGGGAGGUGCGUGUGGUGGUGGCCAACCUCCUGGAGAAGACUCUGGAGAGCGCGCUGCACUUCCAGGACCCCGGGCUGGACUGCCUGCUGGACGCGCUCCUCUCCCUCCUGGACAAGGACGUGCCCGAGAACUGCAAGAACUGCUCGCAGUACUUCUCCCUCUUUAGCAGCUUCGCCCAGAGGGGCGGAGAACCCUGUCAGCUGCUGCUGAAGCAUGCUGCCUACCGCCGCAUGCUCAUCUUCUUGCUGGGACCCAACCGCCAGAACAACCAGAACCGGCGCUGGAGCUCGGCCCAGGCCCGCGAGUUCCUGCACCUGCACAACACGCUGGCCAUGGUGGUGCUGCAAACGGACCUGGGCUCCCACAGAACCGAGGCUCCAGGUGUAUAUAAGUAUACCUCAUCCAGUAGCCACGGUUCCGCCCCUCUCCUCCCCCUCCACCCUGACAUCAACACUCUGCUCUUCAAGCCUGAGGGACAGCCAUACCUGCUGGAGGUGAUGUUUGCCAUGCGGGAGCUGUCGGGCCCUCUGACUUUACUCAUGGACAUGAUCACGUAUAGCUGCUUCUGUAAUGAGCCUUUCUCUCUGGGAGUGCUGCAGCUGCUUAAGAAUCAGCUGGAGACUGCUCCUCCACACGAGCUCAAGAACGUCUUCCAAAUGCUACAGGAGAUCCUGAUGGUGGAGGAUCCAUUGCAGGCCAGAAGACUGAAGUUUGCAUUUGAAUCAGACAAGGGGUUGCUGGCACUGAUGCACCAGAGCAACAAUGUAGAUAGCAGUCGCUGCUACCAGUGUGUCAAGUUCCUGGUUACCUUGGCCCAGAAGUGCGCUCCAGCAAAAGAAUAUUUUAAGGAGUUGUCUGGGCACUGGAGCUGGGCGGUUCAGUGGCUACAGAAAAAGAUGUCUGAGCAUUACUGGACCCCUCAAAGUAACGUCUCCAAUGAGACAUCCACUGCCAAAACCUUCCAGCGCACCAUCUCUGCACAGGACACGCUGGCCUAUGCCACGGCACUCCUGAACGAGAAGGAGCAGUCAGGAAGCAGUAACGGCUCCGAUGGCAGCCCAGCCAAUGAGAACUCAGACCGUAGCCUCAGACAGGGCUCCGAGUCUCCCAUGAUGUUGGGCGACUCCAAGAGUGAUCUAGAGGACGUGGACCCCUAAGCGCUUUUCUCAGCGUUUUUUGGGGGUGUGAUUAUUUUUUCGAAAGCAAAAAAAAAGAAAAAAAGAAAAGAAGCAUAAACAAUCCCUCCAAUGGAGAGACAUUGUGGCUUCAAGCAGCCAAUCAAAAAGACUGUGUUUGACCUCCAGCAGCAGACAGAUUUAAAACAAACAGAAAAAAAAGAAUGGAGGAAGCAGACAAAGCGACACAGCCAAUCAGAACACUGAACUUCUGUUGCCCCAGUGAUGCUGGAAACGUUUUUCGACCCUAGACGGUCAACACCAACAGACACCAAUGCUGUUCUGGAUUAGAUUAAUCACCAAUCACUAUAUCUGACCAUUUGUGGGCUACAACAUUGUUGUUGUUUUUGUUUUUUUCCUCAAGCAAAAAGUGUUUAGUAGAACACCAAUGAAGUCAGCUCUUACUGCUUAUUUUGCCCUUUUAAAGUCUCACACUAGAACUACAGGAUGAAAAUAUGGUGCCCAGGGGCUUCUUUUAAAAAACAAAAAAAAGACAAAAAAAAAACCAAACAAAAACAAAUCGGCAAGUCUGCACAUUUGCCAAUGUAAUUAAACAGAUCCUAUUCACGAUAAUGUAAAGAUAUGUCACAGGGGUAAUUUCAAAUGUAAAAAAAAUAAUAAUAAUAAUAUUUUUUAAAGUAUCCUAACGCUCCUUUGAGUGUCUGUUCAAAAUUGAUGAGGUGCUGCUUAGUUCCUUUCAAUGCGAGGGGGAACUUAACUGGUGUCUUUCGAAAGUUCAACAAUAUAGCAAAGCAUUUUUUUUUUCUUCUUUUUCAACCCGGUAUUUGUUUGAUGCACUUUAUGGUCAAAGGAAGACAGUGAAUAGGAAUGGAAGGUCACUGUAUUGGAGACACAUACAUAUAUUUUUCUUUCUUUCUUGCUUUCUUUCUUUCUUCUGUACUGGUCGCAGUGUGGUUUCAGAGCUCUUGCCAGUGCCUCUCUGCCUAGUUUGGUUUUAGCCCCACUGAGAGAGCAGCAGCAGCAGCAUCAGACGUUUCACAUGCUCAGCCUCCGCUCCGCAGUCCUUUAGACUACCUGCACACCUGUGUUACCUGCCCGAGUACCCCAAACCACACCACCAACGACACCGACACAUCACACAAAAAAUCAACCUCGCUAUCCCAGGAUUCCACAUAACGUACAAAAGAAGUGGCCAAACAGUGGGAGGACAGCUUUGGAAAUUGAGUGCCGUGCAAGCAGUGCUGCUUGCAGUCAGCUAACCAGGAGUGGGAAUGAGCAAAUAUAUAUAUAUAUAUAUAUAUAUAUAUAUUCCAUUCUGAGACUGAGGAAAGUGAUGACGUUAUGAUCCCUUUUUCCACUACAUAUUCCCACCUAUACUGGAGCUCGAAGAGUUGGAUAGAACUUUCCAGAAUGACGAGCAGCGACAUGGACUUCCGCUGGACUGACUGACAUUUUUCCUUGAGUUUGAUCGUUUCUUUUUUAUGAGUUCCAAUACAUUGAUGGAAUGGCUUGAUUCAGUUAUUGAAGGGAUUUUUCUUUUUCUUUGUUGCUUUUUGUUUCUGUUUCUAUGCCUUACACUGUCCGUGGAAAGGAAGAGGGCUUGGCAUUUCUCAUGCUUUGCAUUAGCUUGGGUCAAAGCCAGUCGAGUUGCUCAGAGCACCUCUUUAAGGAGAGCUGAAACAUAGAUGCCAGUUGAAGUACCCAUCAUCCCUCUCUUCCCACAGGACGAAACCACAUAGUCGCUCUCGAGUUGCUAUACAGCUGGAUUUAUUUUGGGUUAUUUCUGGCCUAAUGACAAUGGGCACCCUCUCCACACAGAACAACGCACACACACACAUACACACACACUGACACGCAGAUACACAAAGAAAGAGCUGCUUUUGAUACCGUGCUUCAUGACCUCGUGUUGAAAUUGUUGACAUCAACAGGCCUCUUACUUCAGUUCUCUCGUCUUACAGGGCUUUUCCAUAGCCAAUUUAGAGUGACUCGUUUGGAUUUAGGAGGACAAGUGGUAGUCAUAUCAGAGGUCACACACACACACACACACGCACACACAUACUGCCAUAAGCUUUAACUUUUUUAUAUCAUUCAGGGGUGGUGGAUUUGCCAUUUGCCAACUGUUUUUUCUUUCGUUUUAUUUUGUUUUGGUUUUUUUUUUUUUUUUGCAGUUUACUUGAUGUUUAUUUUGUCUUUUUUUUCUUUUUGUUGAUUGUUUUCCUACUUUUUUUAUGGUUUGUUUGUUUGUUUUGUCUGCCUUAUUGUGCGCAGUAAAGAGAGGGAGAGGGUGGAAAAGGCGUUCAGCCGGAGUGCUGUCCACCGAGCCCCCAAGUGCCUUUACCCCACAACACCACCACGCCACAGCUGCACGUCUGUGCUCCUCCCUAGCACACUCAUAAAACACUCACACACACACACACACACACCACCACCUCCACAUAGCUCAUCAGACUGUAGGAGAAACAUGAUUACCCAGUAGAUUAGCAUUAGAAGACCAUUGCCACAGACUGUUGGGUGCCACGCGCUCACAAACAACGUUUCCGUUUUUUGCUUCUGUCCUGGAGAGGGUGCUGCUGACUUUGUUGUUGUUUUUGACACACGGUAGUUCACUCCUUCCUACCACCAUUUCGUUUUUUUAUUUUUUUUAAGUUUUGAUCGCAAGGACCUGAAGCAAACCAUGUACGAGCCCUCCCUUGAACUUGACAGGUUUUGUUCCUUUUCCGUCUUAACCUCUCAGAUUCAUGAGUGCUGUGGAAGAAGAUGUAGUAGCUGUGCUUUUCUUUUUUUCUGUCUUUCUUUCUUUCUUUUUUUUUAAGGAGAAGUGAUCUUGUGCUGUAAUGAACCUCUUUUUGACAAGUGUGUCCAGUCGUCUGUCUCUUUCCAGUGAAUGUGGCUUUUUUGUUUGUUUGUUUUGUUUGUUUGUUUGUUCGUUCGUUCAUGUCCCUUCUCUUGCUGCCUCGCUGUCGCAUGUGUAUCAGUGAAUGUAUGUGUGAGUUACCUCGUAUUCAGGGGAUCACUGAGUGACAUAUUGGAACACCAAAACGCUUCCCCUGAAACAAUCACUAGAACUAAGUGUACAAACCUUUCUGGACGAGCAACUAUUUGGCAGACCUCCCAUUUCUAUCGAGUCAGAAUGUUUUUUUUUUUGGUUUCCUUCAUCUUUUUUUUUUUUCUGAAUUGUAUCUGAAAAGCUUUCUAGGACGGUUAGGCAAAAUAGUCACUGUGGCCUGCACUGCUUUUAUUCUCCAACCUCUCCACCGGGCCGCCAAGUGAUGUAGGCCUAACUGCAACUAUAUGAUCCAUGUCCUUUAUCACUCUCCUGGACAGAAUGCACUUUCUUGAACUACAUCCGACACUGCAAAUAACCUAGAGUAUAGCUUCCCAUGAGCUUACGGACGUGAGAUGGGUUUUUCUUUUUAUUAUAGACACUCAGACUUUAUUUUUGUAUUUUCCCUUUUGGUUCGUCCCAUCAGUGGCUUUCUGGUGGUUGCGAUAAUCGUAGAUUGAGUUUCAUAGCUCAGAGUUCACUACUGCUGUGCCUUGACCAGAGGCAUGUUUUUGUUAUUAUUUCCCCUUUGACACACACAGACACACACACACACACACACACAUACGCACGCACAUACAAUUCCCCGUCUCUCACAGACAUCAGACACCUCAGCAUCAGCUGCGUGCAGCCUCGUCCAUGGUCAGAGCCACCCCGACCUGCGUCAGCUGCAGUGACGGAACAUCUCGUCAGUCUGCGCCAAGUUCAAAUUAGUGUGCCAAGGACUAGGAGUUCCUCCCCGACUGAAGACGGGUUCACGUGUCAUGAGACAAAGCCGAAUCUGCUGACCCGCUAAAAGAGACCGACUCGAGGGGCCUGGGGCAGACCGUUACAAAAGCUCUAGAGCUCUAAACAUGUGUCGCCUCUCGACUCCUUGUCGUUCUUUUUUCUUUUUCUUUUUUUUUUACUGCCCCUCUUGCGCCUGUAGUUCUUCUCUAAAGGGUUCUGGAGGGUCUCCUGGAUUUUUAAAAAUCGGGUGAAGGGGAGGGGGUUGAAGCCUAUACGGGUUUUUAUUGAACGCUUCGGUUCCUCAGAUUUGAGCAUCCACCUGUAUGCUGGAAGUCUGAACGUUCUGAAGUGACAAUUCUGUUAAUGCAUGUUAAAACCGCGUUUUAAUUUGUACAUCAGAGUUUGAUUAUGGGAAUAUUUGAUAUAAAAAAAUAAAACUGGAAUGCUCAACCUUU